CUUAUAUGAGCGACCUCCAGUCGGCGCAGCAUGAGCCCCCUCAAGGAACACUUGCACCCUACCAUCCAACAGACUGAGCCAGUUAUCCUGUAACCUCGCCAUUUGUUGUUUCAUUGCUGUUACGGUACCUCACCUGCCUCUUGAACGCCAUGAAGUCGCCACAACUCGGCUUUGUCUUGGCCUUAUGGCUGAAAAGCGCAGCAAGCAUCGAGGGGUCAGGCUACUCGAAUGCUACCAUUGAUGUCGACGUUGCCAUCAUUGGCGGCGGCUCUGGUGGGAUUCACAGCGCAAUCCAACUGAAGGACGCAGGUGCUCGCGUCCUAGUUCUUGAGAAGAAAGACCAGAUCGGCGGUCACGCAGAGACCUACAUCAACAAGGAGACGGGCGUCGUUAACAACAUUGGCGUUAGCGUCUUUGAAGACACAGAUGUCGUCAAGCGCUACUUCGCCCGCCUGGGAGUGCCUACAAGCUCCGUAAGCGCAAGCCCGCCCAGUACUUUGUACGACUUUGAGCUAGGCAUUCCCAUCCCACCCCCAGACGAAGGCGCCCAACAGGCCAUUCUGGCAGCGGCCAAGGCGUACUCCCAGAAUGUCCUGAGCAAGUACGGAUGGCUUGACCAGGGUUAUUUCCUUCCCGACCCAGUUCCCGAGGAGCUCUACAUGCCAAUCGGAGAUCUUGCCGCAAAGUACAACUUCACCGCUCUGCUUCCCAUCAUGGCCCGAUUCAACUGGCACUUCGGCAACCAGACGAAGGUGCCGGCUCUGUACGGCAUCAAAGACUUUGGCCCCGACUUUCUACGCAGCACAUUCGGCCAGCUUAUUGUCUCAGGCACCGGCAACACCCGGAGCUUGUACGAUGCCGCCCUCAAGGAACUGGGCUCCAGCGUCCUUUUGAGCACCACGAUCCUGGCCGUCAACCGCCACUCGACCGGCGUCACCCUGCUCGUCUCCCAGAACGGAAUGGUCAAGACGAUCAGAGCCAAGAAGUUGCUGGUCGCCAUCCCGCCGACUCUUCAGAGCUUGAAGUCCUUUGAUCUCUCCCGGAGCGAGCGGGCCCUCUUCUCCCGGUUCUCCUCCCUUGGCUAUUUCACGGGCGUGGCCCGCGUUCCCGGCUGGAACAGCCGAUCGCUGGCAAAUGUCGGCGCCUUUACACCCUUCCACCAGCCUCUUAUACCGGGCAGCCGCGCCUUUCGUGCUACGGGAACCCCCGACGAAUUCUACUUCGGAGUGGGCUUUCCCACUGACCAGGUGGCGGAUGAAGAUGGCAAGGCCGUAGUCCGCAGACAAUUGGCUACGCUCGCCGAGGCGGGGGCAAUCCCGGCCGCCGCGGGGGACGCAGUCACAUUUUCGGCGUCCUCGUUCCAUAUGCCCUUCAACGUGCGUGUCGGGGCCGCCGACAUCAAGAAGGGCUUCUACGCUGAGCUGUUGGCACUACAGGGUUCCCGCAACACAUACUGGACGGGUGCGGCAUGGGCAGGUCAUAACAGCGCGUUGGUGUGGAAGUUUAACGAGGGCACCAUCGUUCCGGCUAUAAAGGAAGACCUUGGUCUUGAGCACCAGUUACCCUUGAGCUGGAACUCGCAUCUCCAUCUCACACCUUGGAUGCUCACAACCAUAUCCGGCGUCAAGCAUUAGGGGUUGUGAUGGCGGCCUUCUUGGCCGUUUCCCCCUUGUUGGGCUCUUUAGGACAGCCUAGUCUUGUCUCGCUGGAUCUCGCUCGAUCUUCCCAACUAUACCAUCAAUCUCAGCCAUGACUUCUGGCGUGAGUCUCUCGAGUACCUUCAAUGCCUGGCAGUUUUCAACAACCUGCUCCGGCCGCGAUGCCCCGGUGAUAACGGCAGACACGUUCGGGUUCUUCAAGCACCAUGCCAGUGCAAGUUGAGACCGAGUUAUGCCCAGUUCAUCUGCAAUUGGCU